GCACACACACAAAACACUGUAAUAUUUUAGGUUAAACCAAAUGCCACAUUUUUCAAAGUAUAUGCUGCAGGAACUAAAACAUUUUAUUCAUAAUGAAAAAGAAAAAAACUCAGAUACAAGUCGGACUUUUGGGAGAAAAGUGCAAUGCUUUUAAUCAAAUCUCCCAAGCACUGAGUUCAUACCAAAUGGGAUGUUAAAUUUGCAUUUGCUGCCUUAUUUUAUUUUAUUUUUUUUUCGCCAAAGUUGCUGCAAUUAAACCUUCCCUAUCCACUCCUCCCAGUAACCACACCCAGACAGAUGUUAUGCAAAGCACCUGUUUUCAUCAAAACUCUGAAUGGUGGAGAUACAUUUGUGCUUUGUUGUUGUCAGUCAGUAUGAGGUUCUUGUGAGCUAUCAUCCAGAAUGAGAUCAACAGCAUCUAAUAGAGAAAAAACGUAUUAUUUUAUUAUGCAUAUAUCUGUGUUUCUGCAAGUUUCUGUAAAUUAAUGCUUGUCGAAUGAAAAAAUAGUGAACUAUAUUUCAUACAAGAAUAAAUAGCCUUUUGACAUGUCAAAUAUUAAGCUACAAAACAUAACUAUGGUUAUGUUUGUCUUUUUAGUGUGCAGUUGUUUUCUUUUCACAAUAUUUGAACGAUGACUCAUACCCGGAAUUCAGUUUUGCUUUCACUUAUAGCAGACGAGACUCGCACAAACUGAGCACCAUAAAGUUUCAUAAGUAUAACGCUCCACAGUAUGUUUGCUGAACUAUGUGAGAUUUCCUGUAGCUGUGAGGGACCUGCAACUGCAUCUGAAGCAUAAAGUACUUCAAAAGAUAUAUUCUAAUCAUGAGUGAAUCAGAGGAGAAGGCGGAGACUUCUCAGUCCUCCAAAGACGGUCUACCUGAGAAACAUGACAACCACAACCAACCUGAGAGAGGUGAAGUGGAAAGAGAAAAUUCUCCACCAGGCCCUGAGUCUUUGAGAAGUGACAGAUCUAUGGGUUUUCCUCUCAAUUUCAGCAUGGAAGAAUCAUUAAGAGGAGGUGAAGUGGAAGGAGAACAUUCUCCAUCAGGCUCUGAGUCCCUUAGAGAUGACAGAUCUAUGGGUUUUCCUCUCAAUUUCCGCUUGGAAGAAUCAUUAAGAAGAAUUGAAGUGGAAGGAGAAAACUCGCCACCAGGCACCGAGUCCCUGAGAGAUGACAGAUCUAUGGGGUUUCCUCUCAAUUUCAACAAGGAAGAAUCAUUAAGAAGAAUGAAAAUGGAAAGAGAAAAUUCUUCAUCAGACUCUGAGUCUCUGAGAAGUGACAGAUCUAUGGGCUUUCCUCUCAAUUUCAGCAUGGAAGAAUCAUUAAGAAGGGUUAACCAGAAUACACCAGAGACUCAAACAGGGCAAGAAAAAAUGGAAACUGUUGCAGUUUUGAAGAACGAUGAAGAAAUGUCAUCAAUCAGUCUUCUUCAAUCGAGCCUGAGGAAAAAGUUUGAAAUCACACUCAAAGAAGAACAUACAGUCUUUCUGAGUCAGAUCUACACAGAGCUGUACAUCACUGAAGGAAGGCCUGCAGAGGUCAACAGAGAACAUGAAAUCAGACAGCUUGAAAGAGCGUUCAGAAAACCAGACAGACCAGAAACAACAAUCAAACCUGAAGACGUCUGCAAGCCACCACCUGGAAGAAACAGACCAAUCAGAACAGUGAUCACAAUGGGAGUGGCCGGCAUCGGGAAAACAGUCUUAACAAACAAGUUUGCUCUGGACUGGGCUGAAGGCAAGACCAACCAGGACAUCCAGUUCUUAUUUCUGUUUUCUUUCAGAGAACUCAAUCUUUUGAAGGAGGAGAAGUUCAGUCUGGAGGAACUCAUCCAUCAUUUUUAUUCAGAAACAAAAGGUUUCAGCCGCUUUGAAGAGUUCAAGGUUCUGUUGAUCUUUGAUGGUCUGGAUGAGUGUCGGUUUCCUCUGAACCUGAACAGCACAGAGAUCCUGACUGAUGUUACACAACCUGCAUCUCUGGGAGUCCUGCUGACAAACCUCAUCAAGGGGAAGCUUCUUCCCUCUGCUCAGCUUUGGAUAACCACACGACCUGCAGCAGCAGAUCAGAUCCCAACUGAGUGUGUUGACAUGGUAACAGAGGUCAGAGGGUUCAACGACUCACAGAAGGAGGAAUACUUUAGGAAACGAUUUAGAGAAGAUGAGGAUCAAGCCACCACAGUUUACUCACAGAUCAAGAAGUGCAGAAGCCUCCACAUCAUGUGUCACAUCCCAGUCUUCUGCUGGAUCUCUGCAACAGUUCUGGACGAGCUUCUGAAAAGAGAAGAGCAAAGAGAGACACCCAGAUCCCUGACUGAGAUGUACAUCCACUUUGUGCUGAUCCAAAUUCAAAUGAAGAACAACAAGUAUGACGGAGGAUCUCAGACAGAUUCAGUGUGGAAUCCACAAACCAGGAAUAUGAUCUUGUCUUUGGGAAAGCUGGCUUUUGAGCAGCUUCAGAAAGGAAACUUGUUCUUCUACGAGUCUGACCUGACAGAGAGUGGAAUCGACGUCACAGCCGCCUCAGUGUGUUCAGGAGUGUUCACACAGAUCUUCAAGGAGGAGAGUGGACUCAAUCAGGGCCGGGUAUUCUGCUUUGUUCACCUGAGUGUUCAGGAGUUUCUGGCUGCUCUGUAUGUCCACUUCACAUUUUUCCAGACAGGCAAGAACCUGUUAAAAGAGCAACCAGGUCCUGGAUGGAUCGAUUGGCUUAAAGGUAAAAGGAAUGGAGCUUUCAUCUACCAGAGUGCUGUAGACAAAGCCCUGCAGAGUCCAAACGGACACCUGGACCUCUUCCUGAGGUUCCUCCUGGGUCUCUCACAACCAAACAGCCAGGUUCUCCUAAAAGGAUUUUUACAACAAACAGAAGCGGACUCAACUGUGAUUUCAGAAACAGUUCAGCACAUCAAGAAGAAGUUAAGUAAACAGGAUUCUGUUGAGAAAAGCAUCAAUCUGUUUCACUGCCUGAAGGAACUGCAGGAUUGUUCUUUGACUGAGGAGAUCCAGCAAAACCUGAUCUCAGGAAGUCUUUCUCCAGACCAAAUGUCUUUCUGUCAUUGGUCAGCUCUGGUCUUCAUCCUGCUGAGUUCAGAAGAAAACCUAAAAGAGUUUGAACUGAAGAAAUACUUUGCUUCAGAUGUGGGCCUGCAGAGGCUGCUACCCGUGAUCAAAGAAUCCAGCAGAGCUGUUCUGAGUUGCUGUAACCUGUCAGAGAAAAGCUGUGAGGUUCUGGCUUCAGUUCUUAGCUCCGAGUCUUGCAGUCUGAAGGAUCUGGACCUGAGCAACAACGACCUGGAUGGUCUGGAUGAGUGUCGGUUUCCUCUGAACCUGAACAGCACAGAGAUCCUGACUGAUGUUACACAACCUGCAUCUCUGGGAGUCGUGCUGACAAAUCUCAUCAAGGGGAAGCUUCUUCCCUCUGCUCAGCUUUGGAUAACCACACGACCUGCAGCGGCCAGUCUCAUCCCACCUGAGUGUGUUGACAUGGUAACAGAGGUCAGAGGGUUCAACGACUCACAGAAGGAGGAAUACUUUAGGAAACGAUUUAGAGAAGAUGAGGAUCAAGCCACCGCAGUUUACUCCCAGAUCAAGAAGUGCCGAAGCCUCCACAUCAUGUGUCACAUCCCAGUCUUCUGCUUGAUCUCUGCAACAGUUCUGGACGAGCUGCUGAAAGAAGAGCAAAGAGAGACACCCAGAUCCCUGACUGAGAUGUACAUCCACUUUGUGCUGAUCCAAAUUCAAAUGAAGAACGACAAGUAUGAUGGAGGAUCUGAGACAGAUUCAGUGUGGAAUCCACAAACCAGGAAUAUGAUCUUAUCUUUGGGAAAGCUGGCUUUUGAGCAACUUAAGAAAGGAAACUUGUUCUUCUACGAGUCUGACCUUACAGAGAGUGGAAUCGACGUCAGAACCGCCUCAGUGUGUUCAGGAGUGUUCACACAGAUCUUCAAAGAGGAGAGUGGACUCAAUCAGGGCCGGGUGUUCUGCUUUGUUCACCUGAGUGUUCAUGAGUUUCUGGCUGCUCUGUAUGUCCACUUCACAUUUUUCAAGACAGGCACAAACCUGUUAGAAGAGCAACCAGGUCCUGGGUGGUUUGAUUGGCUUAUAGGUAAAAGAAACGGAGCUUUACUCUACCAGAGGGCUGUAGACAAAGCCCUGCAGAGUCCAAACGGACACCUGGACCUCUUCCUGAGGUUCCUCUUGGGUCUCUCACAACCAAACAACCUAGUUCUCCUAAAAGGACUUUUACAACAAACAGAAGCAAACUCAACUGUGAUUCCAGAAACAGUUCAGCACAUCAAGAAGAAGUUAAGUAAGCAGGAUUCUGUUGAGAAAAGCAUCAACCUGUUUCACUGCCUGAAUGAGCUGCAGGAUUGUUCUUUGAUUGAGAGGAUCCAACAAAGCCUGAUCUCAGGAAGUCUUUCUCCAAACCAAAUGUCUACUUCUCAGUGGUCAGCUCUGGUCUUCAUCCUGCUGUGUUCAGAGGAAAUCCUAAAAGAGUUUGAACUAAAGAAAUACUUUGCUUCAGAUGUGGGCCUGCAGAGGCUGCUACCCGUGAUCAAAGAAUCCAGCAGAGCUGUUUUGAGUGGCUGUAACCUGUCAGAGAAGAGCUGUGAGGUUCUGGCCUCAGUUCUCAGCUCUGAGUCUUGCAGUCUAAAGCAUCUGGACCUGAGCAACAACGACCUGAAGGAUUCAGGACUGAAGCUGCUCUGUGAAGGACUGCAGAGUCCACACUGCAAACUGGAAACCCUCAGGCUCUCAGGGUGUCUCAUCACAAAGAUUGGUGUUGACUAUCUGGCAAAAGCACUGAACUCCAACCACUCACACCUGAAGGAGUUGGACCUGAGCUUCAAUCAUCUAGGAGAUUCUGGAGUGAAUGCACUUAUGGAGGGAUGGAGGGAUCCAGUCUGGGCUUUGAACAUUCUUAAGAUAAAACCACAAGGAUCCAAGUUCAUUAAACCUGGUCUAAAGAAGUAUGCUGUUGAUCUGACGCUGGAUGAAAACACAGCUCACAGAAACCUCAUACUGACAAAUGACAACAAGACGGUGACGAUGGGGAAGGAAAAGAAGACGUAUCCUGAUCAUCCAGAGAGGUUCUAUUACUGGAAACAGGUGCUGUGCACACGAGGUCUGACUGGGCGCUGUUACUGGGAGGUGGAGUGGAAAGGGAAGGUUUACAUCGCUGUGACUUACAGAGGAAUCAGAAGGAAGGGAGAAAGUGACAACAGCAUCCUUGGAAAGAAUGAAAAAUCUUGGAGCCUGCUGUGUUCUGAUGAAAGUCACUCUGCCCUCCACAAUAACAUCAGCACUGCAGUCCAUGGAGUUCCUUCCCACAGAGUGGGAGUCUAUCUGGACUCAGAUGCUGGUACUUUGUCUUUCUUCAAUAUCAUCUCAGACAAAGUGAUCCACCUUCACACCUUCAAGACCACAUUCAGUGAGCCAGUCUACCCUGCUUUCAGGGUCAGGACUGAACCCUUCAACUCGUCUCUGACCUUGUGUUACAUUUAUCAUGACAGACAAAAUGAGACAAGAGGUUUGAUGAGACAGAGACUGGCUAGCCGUUAAACAGAAGCAUCUGAUUAAAAAUGCAAAUAAAGUGCCCGGGAUUUAUAGAAAACCAAGAACUAAACCUUAAAAAA